AUGUACCGAAAACUCAAGAAUUAUAACUACCUUACCCUCGGGUUUAUACAUCAUGACCGACGCAUUUGCCCCGCGCUCUAUGAAGCGCAAGAACGUCAAAGGCUUAGCAUUAACCCCCGCCCCCCGAAGCAACCUGCGGCAUCGAACAAUGACAAUCAGUCCGGUUGGGGCUUUGGCGGAUCGAGAGCCGAUGAGGUAGGCCAAGAAGCACAGCUCGAGAUUGGAAUUGAGUUUAAUCUGGACCUUCGACAAGAGGAUAUCGAGAUUGUGAAAGAGCUUGGUUCGGGAAAUGGAGGUACCGUCAGUAAAGUGAAGCAUUUACCUACUGGAACUACAAUGGCUCGAAAGGUAAUUCAUGUCGAAGCUAAAAAAGAACUCAGGAAGCGAAUUGUGCGCGAGCUACAAAUCAUGCACGGUUGCCACUCCGAUUACAUCGUGACUUUCUACGGCGCUUUCCUAAACGAACAUAACGAUGUCUCAUUAUGUGUAUGGAAUAUAUGGAUGUUGGACCUAACCGGGCGUCUACAGAUCUCUCGACAGAGUCUCGCGCCAUUUUGGACCGAUUCGUGUGUAGACGUGCUUGGUAAAAUUGCAGAGGCGACUCUGGGUGGUUUAACCUAUCUAUACUCGAAACUACACAUCAUGCAUCGAGACAUUAAGCCCUCUAACAUCCUCGUGAAUUCUCGGGGUCACAUCAAGCUCUGCGAUUUUGGUGUAUCAGGAGAACUAGUCAACUCUAUCGCCGAUACAUUCGUGGGUACUUCGACUUACAUGGCCCCGGAGCGAAUCCAGGGCGAGAAGUACACGGUCAAGUCGGACGUAUGGAGUUUUGGUCUGAGUAUAAUGGAGUUAGCUAUUGGCAAAUUCCCAUUUGCGAGUGAACAACUAUCAGAUGACGAUGGGGCGCCGGCCGGUAUCUUGGAUCUCCUCCAACAAAUUGUUCACGAGCCCGCCCCAAAACUUCCAAAAAGCGACGCAUUCCCGUCAAUAUUAGAAGAUAUGGUUCAAAAAUGCUUGUCAAAAAUACCAGAUGAGCGGCCGACACCUCAGGAGUUAUGGGACCGAGAUCCAUUUGUUCAAGCAGCUAAGCGGACACCGGUGGAUUUGAGAGCAUGGGCUGUCGGACUUAUGGAGAAAGACAACCGUAAAUCGCAUUUGGUUCCUCAACUUUCGCCAGCUACUCGGGACCUCUUACGAUCAAGCGAGUCCCCUACCUUCCAAAAUGACGGCAAUGCCGCUUAA